AUGGUAAAGUUGAUUAAUUCCUUACUUUUUCAAUGCUUGGCUCAUAUAGGGUUUGGUCGGAUUGGAAGAUUGGUUUUACGAGUAGCAAUAUUCAGGGAUGAUAUUGACGUGGUGGCAAUGAAUGAUCCUUUUAUUGAUGCUAAAUACAUGGCCUACAUGUUUAAAAAUGACUCUACUGAUGGAUUAUUCAAAGGAAGCAUUAAGGUUGUAGAUGAUUCAACCUUAGAAAUCAAUGGGAAGCAGAUUAAGGUUGUGAGUAAAAGGGACCCUGCUGAGAUUCCUUGGGGUGAUUAUGGAGCUGAGUAUGUUGUUGAAUCUUUCGAUGUUUUCACAACAAUUGACAAAGCUUCAGCACAUAAGAAGGGUGGAGCCAAGAAAGUAGUUUUAUCAGCUCCAUCAGCUGAUGCUCCCAUGUUUGUGGUUGGAGUAAAUGAGCAGACAUACAAGCCAAACAUGGACAUUGUUUCAAAUGCAAGCUAUACUACCAACUGUCUUGCUCCUCUUGCUAAGGUUGUUCAUGAGGAAUUUGGUAUUCUUGAAGGUUUAAUGACAACUGUUUAA